AUGGCUGCGUGCGACGUUGCUGCGAUGCAACGCUCUGGCCUCAGGCUUGUGCUCGCUGCUGCGCUGGCUGCUCUCAUACUCUCAGCGUGUACGCCCAGGGCCGCGGAGGCCCUGCGCCUGGCAUGCACGGAUCGCAGCUGCGGCGCCAACGCGAGGGCGGCGGAAGCCCUGCGCCUGGCAUGCACGGACCGCAGCUGCGGCGCCAACGCGAGGUGCCUCAAGAGCGUGGCGGGCUGGGCGGACUGCGUCUGCGACAGGGGCUUUAAGCUGCUGCCCAACGCCUCCUGUGCGCGUGAGUGCCUCACCUUAGAGAUUUCUCAAAAGGUACUGCGUGUGCGACAGGACAGAGGCUUCAAGCUGCUGCCUAACGCGUCCUGCGCGCAGGUGUGCACGAGUGCGGACUGUGGGGAGAACGGGUACUGUGAGGAGGAGCAGGAGGGGGGGCGCACCACCUGUCGCUGCAACACUGGCUUCACCAAGACCGCGGACGGCUGUGUUGACACGUGUGUGCUCCUGGAGUGCGGUGAGAACGGCCAGUGCGUUAAGGAUGAGGAGGGGGUGGCGUCGUGUGUGUGUGACGCUGGCUUCACCCUGCGAGACGAUGGCAAGUCGUGCGCUGGGCUCCACCCGUCGUCCUGCCACCUGCUGCCAGCAACCGCCGCUGCCCACGGGGCCAAGAGAAGGACGCCGAGGGCAACUGCGUUGGUGGGUGCUAGUGCUGUCGGAACGUGUGCACGGGACUGUGGGGAGAACGCCUACUGUGAGAAGGAGCAGGAGCUGGCUGUGUGUCACUGCAACUGGGGCUACGCCAUGACCGACACCGGCUGUGUUGACACGUGCAUACUGCAAGCAUGUGGUGAGAACGGCCGCUGUGUGAAGGACGAGGCGGGGAUGGCGUCUUGUGUGUGUGACGUUGGUUUCACGCUCAUGGGUGAUGGCAGGACAUGCACUGAUAAUUGCAUCCUUAAGAGGUGCCAGGCGCUCACGUCGGAUUGUAUGAAGUAUGAGGAUGGCACAGCGUACUGUGUGUGCAAGCCAGGCUACACACUGCUCUAUGGCACCUGUGUUGGGCCGGCCACGUGUGGCAACUGCCCGUCCCUGGCCACAUGCACGCUGGUCUCCUCCACCAGAAAGGCUCCUUACUGCGUCUGCCCUGCUGGCUUUGGCAUGACCGCCACUGGUUGCGUCCGUGGCGCCCUUCCAACCGUGUCCUCUGCGAGUCUCACCUUCUACAACCAGCCGGGGCUUACCUUGACGCCCUCCACCUACACCUUGCGCGUGAGGUACUCCAGAUGCACCAACCUGCCUUCGACAAUCGGUCUCAACGUGCGGUCAUACUGGCGGGUGGACCGGGCACCGGGAGGGGCGGGGCACUGCCAGUUUGUCAACGCGUAUCGCUUUGCCAACUGCGUUACGCAGGUGGCUCAGCUGCCUGCCCUCUCACUCUCCGGCAUCGCUGCAGCAAGUGUCUCGUAA